AAGGGUGCCAAAGGUUUUUACUAAAAUUUUCUGCAUCAGCAAAUUCAGGCAUCUCACUUUCUGGCCUAGAUCCCAAUGCAGUUGUGGCGUUGAGAUCCGCCUCUGGCAGAUGUGCCAGGAAUACUGCACUGCAGUCAUGGAUUUAGGGAGGGAAGGAGGCCAUGUCCCUGACUCACUGGAAGAAGUAGAGGAGAAACAACUCUACUGUUGUAUCUUGUGGUUUUACACAACUCGGCUUAAAAACAAGAAAACAAGCUCCCUAGAAAAUGGGAGGGAUUUGGCAGGCCCCUAUAACUUCAGGAACAUUAUGUUCCUUCCAGAGUGUCUUGAAUAACGGAAAUGGAGGGGCUUAGGGGAGGGGAGGAGCAAACAGAAGGACUGGAAACAUCCUUUUUUCCCCCUGUUAAACAAGCUUAGCCUGUAAAUUAAUAUGUAAGAAAUUCAGGAUGAUUUAUAUACACCUAAGACAUCUUCAUUUAUGCAAAUGGCCCUUCCCAAUCCUCUUAAGUACAAUUACUCCCAAAAAUUGCUUGUUUCCAGAGAAAGGAAUGCCACAGAACCAUCUCAUGGUCUCACCUUGAGAAUGUGCCGCAAUAAUAUUUAGAAAAAAAAAUUAACCAUGUCUCUUAGGAAAAAGGAAUCUAAGCUCUGGUCCUGGCCCCAAGUUAAGGAUCUAGUUUUCUCUGGUACAGAGUUUCCUUUCAGUCAAUCAGAGGCUAUCCUCCCCAGAGGAAUCUGACAAAGGGUAUUUUUGAGAAGCAUCAUUGGAGUUUCCUAAGAGAUGGGUUGGAGGGGCAGUGACGUAAGUUCUCCAGCUGCCUGAAAGGCACAGCUCUUAGUUAUUUUGAAUAACCAGGGAAGCCGCAGCUGAACCAAAUCUGGAGGGUGUUUAACAUAGUCCUAUAGGAGGAGAAAAGGGAACAAUUCUCCAAAAUGUCUACACACAACAAGGCCAAAGUUUUCUUAAUUUCUUUGAGUAUGGUCACUUUUGUGAUUAUGGUGGUGAUGAAUGGUGCAGCAGGUUCUGGAGCAUUCAAAGGUAUAUUCCAGAGAACUGUUGGAAACAUCUCCAACAAAUACAACACUGAUGUGACUCCAGCUGGCUGGACCUUCCUCAUUUGGAACGUCAUCUACUUGUGGCAGUUAGCUUGGCUUGGCUACGCUCUAUCCGGAAUCUGCAGAAGGAAUGAACUUGGAUGGUUCUAUGUGAAACCAGAUGUCUUGCCAACUCCAUUUUACUUGGUAUGGAUCCUGAAUAACGCCUUGAAUGUUGGGUGGCUGUUUCUAUGGGACAAAGAAUGCCUCAGCCAUGCUCUGCUUGUCCUCACAGGGCUCACAGUGUCCAAUUACGCGAUUCUCUUCCUGGCUUGUCGAGGACUCAGUUCCCACAGACCCUGGCUGCAGAGUCACCACAGAACAGACCUGUGGCUCCUCCGAGUUCUGGUGCAGAAUGGGAUUGCACUUUAUGCUACGUGGACCACAGUGGCAACGCUCUUGAACUUCGCAGUUGUGUUAAUCUACACGGUGGGAGUGGCCAAUUCAACUUCCACUACUGUUGUCCUGUCAAUUUUGCUCAUGCUGUUGGUGCUCUGGUUUUACCUGGAAAAUUUCCUCCUGGAUAAAUAUGUACAUUACAUCCUCGUUGUGUACCCGGUGGUCAUGAUUGCAUUAACUGGCAACAUUGCUCAGCACUAUGAUCCAUCUGCUCCAAGCACAAACAACAUUUUUACAGUUGUCCUGUUAGUUAUGACAAGUGUGAUGUUUUUGGUUCGGGUUGGCCUGGUAACCUGCAGACAUCGCUAUCAACGACUUUGGAAAGAACCUCAAAGAUGCUGAGGAUGACCUCAGGAAAAGCAGCUGCAGAUCUCUGGAGAUGGAGCCAGAACGCCUUUCUGGAAAGUCGUUCUGAUCAUGGGCAAGGCUGCUGAGGAUCAGGGCUCUCCCUAAAAGUCAUGCAGCAAGUGAAUACGCAUGAAUGAAAUCCAUUUAUUCAGCAUUUACUAAGCACUAACCAUUAUGUUAAGAGUUAGGGAUACAAAUACAAAAGUGAGACCUCAUCUGUCUUUUCAAAGGGCUUUGAUAAGAGAAGCCUAUCAUGGCCAGAGAAAAUUGUUUUGAUCUGGGAAGUCACAGUAAUGGCACAUGGAGCUAUAUGGGAAUUAAAUGAUUCCUAAGUCUUUUUUCCCUUGAGGCAAUUGGGGUUAAGUGACUUGCCCAGGGUCACACAAUUAGAAAGUGUUAAGUGCCUAAGAUCAGAUUUGAACUCAGGUCCUCCUGACUUCAGGGCUGGUGCUCUAUCCAUUGAGCCACCUAACUGCCCCUCCUGAGUCUUUUUUUAAGAUUAAUUUUCUUUUAAAGUAAAUCAAACAUUUAUUUUCUUCCUUCCUACUUACUCCAUUUGGGAGAAAAAAAUUAAAACAAAAUCUUUAUGCCAAAUAUGCAUAGUCAAGUAAAACAAACACCCAAAUUAUCCACAUCCAAAAAUGCAUCCUGAAUCUAUCACAUCGAUUCACUCCUUUAUCAGAAGGUGGAUAGCAUGGAUCUUUAUCAAACUUUUGGAAUCAUGAUUGGUAACUGCAUUGAUCAGAGUUCGUAAUUCUUUCAUGAGGUUGUUGUGUAAAUUGUUUUCCUAGUUCUGCUUACUUUGCUCUGUAUCAUUUCAUGUAACUCUUCCCAGGUGUUUCUGAAACCAAUCACUCUGUCAUUUUAAUUGCAUAAUAGUAUUUUUACUGCAUCACUAUAUUGUAAUUUGUUUCUCUGUUUCCCAAUUUAUAAGCACCCCCUUCAUUCCUUUUUAGCUAGUCCCAAAAGAGCUGGUACAAAUAUAUAUGUCUAUAUUUUGCAAA